GCACUUAUUGGUAAUUGAGAUUAAAUCUAAGAAUGAAGAUUGUAAUAGUGAUCUGGUGAAAUUAGCAAAUGAGAUGAAGGAUAUCAUAGAUAAAUGUAUAGAUGAUAAUAUAAAUGAUGAAGAAUUGGUAAUUUUGGUGUUCAUAUAG